AUGUCGGUGACGAUCGAAAGUCAGUUGAGGGAGUACUCUGCCCUAUGCGAUAACUGGGAACGCUCAUCGCUCCAUCAUUUGAUUAAUGCAUCUACGCAGCAGUUGUUGCGCAACAUUGAAUCACCAAAAGAGUAUACGUUGGUCAAUCUGUAUGCUUUAUGGUACCACUUGGAACGAGGCACGCUAAGAGCAGAUGCUCAGUUCCACGAGAAGCUUAAAAUUGUCCUGAUGAACAUCAUCAACAACACGUCGAACGUUGAGGUGGAACAUGCUUGUCGCCAAUUUUUUGCAUGCGUCUGUGGCGCUAGAAGAGAUGACUUGAGUCUGUUGAUAACAAACACUCUGCUGAAGAAAAUCACGGCGAUCCAAAACGGUCCUGGGAAGGAGAGUUUGGUGGGAGUGUUGUCAUGUCUGGCCAACCUGCCGAUCGAGACCAUUCACGAGAGUUGCAAAGAGGCUGUCCUGUGUGUGGGAAGGAGCUGUUCUGCCACCAAGGUCCUACGACGGGUGUUGAUUUCCUUGCUGCAGGCUGUCAAGUUGGGGGUUUUGGCUAUCGAGCCUGUGAUCCCAAUGUUGACGAAGGGGCUAGAAAGCGAUGACGAAGACACCAUUCGGGUGACCCUGGAGGUUAUGAUAAAGCUUGCCAACCAUAGGCCGAUGGCGUCAGUAACUGUUCAACCAGCAACUGUUCAACCAGCAACUGUUCAAGCUGCGGACACGGCUCAGUCCACAGCAAGAUCAUGCCUCUUGGUGUUUGCGCCCCGAAUAUACAACCUUUUGGCUGACGGGAAAGCUGGAGUGGGAGUGCAGUACCACGCGAUAAAGUUGUUGGAGCUUUUGGCUGGGUCCGAUAUGCGGGUAGGCCUCAAAUGUGAGAAGCUGUUUUUCCGUAUGCUUGACAGCCCCAGUAGCAUUCGCUUGCUGGCCGUGGCCAAUGCCUUGGCUGACAUGCAGCCGUUCACAGUUCAGUGUUUCCAAGAGGUCCUCAAAUUGUCGGGCAAAUUGCUGAUGACACACGACGCCAAUAUUCACACCAGCGCUCUUAUGAUCCUCGCCAAGAUCAUUUACAACGCCAACAACUUGAAUGCUGCGCCUCUGGACCAAGCACUCGUUGUCAAUAACAGUUGUGACCUGCUGCGUCAAUACGUCCCGAUUAGCAAGAGAAACAUUCCGCUCGUGCACACAUUUCUCCUCGUCUUGGAACAAUGCUGUACCACCAGCCAUUCCGCUAUUGCUGCCAGGCAUCAAGGCAACGAUGUUGAAGGGGGCAACGACAUCCGAGACAACGGAAUAGCCGUUGACCCGCAAUACUUCAAUGCUUUGCUGACCGAAUCCGGCGCCAUCCGGAAGAUUUCCAGGACCUGCUUCCUCAAGACUAAAAAUAUAGCGCUGAAACGGAUGCUACUGGACUCGUUGCGCAAACAGAUCCAGCAGGACACGGUAAUUGGUUCGGAGCUAGUGGAAGACCUCAUACAAGCCGGAGACGAAGAGCUGAUGAGGCAAUUUCUCGCGGAAUCAACGCUACCCAACAUACACUCCCUUAACAGAGUAAUUUCCAGCGGUAUUCUAGGCACUCAUCACAGCCUCCAGUCACCAGGUAAUAUGGAGAACAUGCAGCGGCCAAAGUGCCAUCAAAACAGGAUCCUGGACUUUCCUGACAUAUCCUUUUUCUCCUUAUAA